AGCACUGUGACAGAAAGCACAGUAACACACAGCCAUGGAGACACUAAGGAAUACCUCCUACCCAACUAUAACCACACACAGCGAAAAGAUGUGUGAGCUCAGUAAAAUAAGUGAGCAAGGAUGGAAAAAAUCCGAGGAGAACAGUCGGACAGAGUAUUCCAGAAUCAUCACUGACCCCAACACUGGGAAAUGUUACUGCCGGGGAAAAGUUCUGGGAAAGGGAGGCUUUGCAAAGUGCUAUGAAAUGACUGACCUGUCCUCAAGUAAAAUCUAUGCAGCCAAAAUCAUUCCACACACACGUGUGUCCAAACCCCACCAGAGAGAGAAGAUUAAUCGAGAAAUCGAGCUGCACAGAACUCUCAGCCACAAACACAUAGUGCAUUUCUACCAUCACUUUGAAGACAAAGACAACAUCUAUAUUCUGUUGGAGUACUGUGGAAGAAGGUCACUGGCUCAUAUACUGAAGGCACGUAAAGUCCUAACAGAACCAGAAGUGAGGUAUUACCUGAAACAAACAGUUUCUGCUUUAAAAUACCUGCACGACUUGGAAAUCCUGCAUCGUGACUUGAAACUCGGCAACCUGUUUGUGAGUGACUCAAUGGAGCUGAAAGUGGGUGACUUUGGGCUGGCUGCCAAGCUGGAGCCAGUCAGCAACAGACGCAAAACGAUCUGCGGUACACCCAAUUACCUGUCCCCGGAAGUGCUGAACAAACAGGGCCAUGGCUGGGAGUCUGACGUGUGGGCUCUGGGCUGCAUCAUGUACACCAUGCUCCUGGGCAAACCUCCAUUCGAGACCACUAACCUGAAGGAGACAUACCGCUGUAUUCGAGAGGCCCGUUACACCCUCCCGUCCUCCCUCUCCCUUCCUGCCAAACAGCUAAUUUCCGGUAUGCUCGCCCAGAAUCCUGUGGAUCGCCCGCACCUGGAUGACAUCAUUCGGCAUGAAUUUUUCACUCAGGGCUUCAUGCCAGAAACGCUGCCCGUCAGCUGCUGCCUUUCUGCCCCAGACUUCCACAUUUCCAGUCCAGCCAAGAGCUUCUUUAAAAAGGCGGCCGCGGCUCUUUUCGGCGGAAAGAAGGACAAGGCCAAGUACUAUGAAAACAUAAAUCGCUUGGCAAAAGAAGAGGAAGACAUAUUCAAGCUCCGACAAGACUUCCGAAAGACUGCAAUAAGUAAUCAGAUUACUACACACUCGCCAGAGGAAGGAGGAAAUCCGUCAGCACCUACAAGAAAGCCUGUUACCCAGGCAACUGCCGGAAGGCCGCAGACGACGAGAGAUACCAUUCAUUUGAUUGUUAGAGGCAGCUUGGGCAGCAGCAGUAGCAGCAGUGAAUGUCUUGAAGACAGCACUACUGGCACCGUGGCUGAGGCUGUUAUUAGUGUGUUGAGAGGUUGUCUCGAACACAUGCCUAAAGCGGACAGCCUUCCCAGAGGAAAUGGUUGUAAUAGCUUGAAGUGGGUGACUAAGUGGGUUGACUAUUCAAACAAAUACGGCUUUGGCUACCAGUUGUCUGACAACACGGUGGGCGUCCUUUUCAACAGUGGGACUCACAUGAGUCUUCUCUCUGACAAGAAGACUGUACAUCAGUAUGCUGCCCUCGGUCAGAAGUCUGUUUUCUCUGUUAUUGAGGCUCCAGAGUGUGCUGUGGCACAUGUCACCAUCCUCAAGUACUUCGCCCACUACAUGGAGGAGAAUUUGAUGGAUGGAGGUGAUGUGAUAAGUGAACCAGAUAUUCAGAAGACAAGAAUAUACCUGCUGCAGUGGCUGAAAUCAGACAGAGCUUUACUGAUGCUUUUCAACGAUGGCACAUUUCAGGUGAACUUUUAUCACGACCACACCAAGCUCAUCCUGUGCACGCAGCAGGAUGAGUAUCUGCUGACGUACAUCAACGAGGAGAGAACGUCCGCUACCUUCCAGCUGAGCACGUUGCUGAGCGCGGGCUGCACUGCGGAUCUGCGCAGUCGUCUCGAGUACGCACUCAACAUGCUGCUGCAGCGAUGCAACUGAGCCGGACAGAUGAGGAGAACAGUUGGCCACUGACUCAGCACGAGCUGACGAUGUCUUUCAAUGCAAGGGCAAUGAGGAGGGAAUGUGGACCAGAUGGAGCUUUUUCGAUUACUAAGACUCUGUAGAUUUACAAAUGAUGUAAUUCGAUGAGGAGGAGUGAUGUGAGGAAAAGAUUAUCAAGAGGAAAGAAAUACUGGGCUGGGACCAGGGAUCCCUCAACGAGAAACUGACUUCUUGUGUGUGUGUGCGUGUGUGUGCGUGUGUGGUGCAAUGUUUAUAGAUCACACAUGCAUGUCUUGAUCUGCAAAAUAGUUUGUUUCUUUUAUUGACUCUGUCUUUACAGAAUAUUUAUUGUGUACAUAGCUGUUUAUUUAUUUAUUUAAUGAAUAAAGCCAAAAAUAUUCUAACAA